UGAAAACAAUUUUCUCGCCAAAGCGUAGUUUGUAUUCAAAGUUUCCUACAAAUACCCACUGGAAAAUUGAAUUCUUAGUUUGAUUUCGUUCAGCCAUGAUUUUCGUUUUGCUUCUGACCACAUUUCUUGCUGUUUUAAUAAUCAGGCAAUAUCAAAAAGCCCGAAAACUCCCACCAGGACCUGUUUCUCUUCCACUAAUCGGGAAUAUUCAUCAAUUGGUGUACCAUAUUUGGAAUGAGAAGGGAGUUGUACCAGCUUUUGAUUUAUUUAGAAAAAAAUAUGGAGACGUUUUCACUAUCUGGCUUGGUCCGAUACCUCAUGUGAGUAUUUGCAACUAUGAAACAUCACAGGAAGUUUUUGUGAAAAAUGGAAACAAAUACAAAGAUCGCUUUCUCCCUCCUGUUUAUCUUCAUGUCAGUAAUAAUCUUGGGUUAUUCACCGCAAAUGGGCCAGUGUGUGCCGAGAUGAGAAAAUUCACGUUGUUGGCGUUUAGAAAUAUGGGAGUUGGGAGAGAUUUAAUGGAGCAGCGGAUUUUGGAUGAGCUGAACACGAGAUGUGCCGAAAUUGAUGCAGAUGCUGUGAAUGGAAAAACAAUCGUUCACACUACAGAAUUUUUCGAUCUGACCGUCGGAAGUGUUAUCAAUUCUCUGCUCGUCGGAAAACGUUUCGAGGCCGAAGAUAAGGAUGAUUUUCUAGAAAUCAAGAGACUCAUGGCAGAAGCCGCCGAUUUAUUCACAAUGUUUGAUUUAGUAGUUCCGGUUUGGUUUUUGAAAUCAUUCUUUCCGUCGAGGUUUGAAAGAGUAGUAGCAAUUUUCGAGAAGGCUUUGAACUAUUUAUCUCGAGAAGCAUUGGCGCGUUAUGAGAAAUUAAAAACAGGAGAAUAUUCUGUAAAUGCAGAGGAUCCCCAAGACUUUGUAGAAGCUUAUUUGGCAAAGAUGGAGCAGGAGAGGCUUCGUGACAGUGAUACACCAUAUACUAUGGAAUGUUUGAAAUUUGUGAUUGGAGAUCUCUGGUUAGCUGGUCAAGAUACCACUUCAACGACUUUGGUCGCAGGAUUCAAUCAUCUUGUUAAAAAUCCAGAAAUUGUUAGAAAAUGCAGGGAGGAAAUUCUGAGGAUCACAGAAAACGGGUCACGUCCACUUCAGCUAAAAGACAGAGCUGAAUCUCAUUACCUCAACGCUACAAUUGCGGAAAUCCAACGCCACGCUUCAAUUUUAAAUGUUAACUUUUGGAGGCUUGUUCAUGAGCCGACAACUGUACAGGGACAUCCAGUGGACUCAGGUUCAGUGAUUUGUGCUCAACUUGGAGCUCUUCAUGUAAACGAUGAUUUAUUCAAAAAUCCCGACAAGUUCUACCCGGAAAGAUUUAUUGAAAACGAGCAACUUUUAAGUCAAAUAAUACCUUUUGGAAUUGGAAAACGAUCGUGUGUUGGAGAAAAUAUUGCAAAAUCAGAGCUAUACUUGAUGAUUGGAAAUCUUAUCCUGCGAUAUGACAUUAAGCCACAUGGUUCUGAACCUUCAACAGAAGAUAAACUUCCGUAUAGCGCUGGAAAAACUCCUGAUAAAUCUGUGAAAUUGGAAUUUGUUAAAUUAUAAAAAUAUUUGCUUGUACAAGUUUUUUUUGUAAAUAAUAAAACAUAUUCUGGCAA